UAGCCUUCUCGCUACGACAAGGUCCCCAGUCUCCUCAGGCUCCUCGUCUCCGAUUAUACCAGCUUACGACGUGAACUCGUCUCUACAAGGAGAAACAAUGUCGCUCGCUGGUAUCUCUACCGAGUUCCUGAAGGUCUCUUCCCCGGACCCUCACGUUGCAUUGGUCGAGAUUCUACGGUGCUGGACGGACUUAGCCCAUGUCUUCGACAAGAUCUCUCACGAACCCACCGUACGCGUUGUCGUGCUCGCAUCCGCUCUCCCAAAGCUAUUCUCAGCGGGCAUUGACCUGAGCGCACUUGGCGGGCUCUCGCAUGACUUAUCCGACGAGCCGGCUAGACGUGCCCUGCAGCUGCGCGACCAAGUUCUCUCGUUCCAGAACUGCAUAUCCGCCAUUGAGCGGUGCCCCUACCCCGUGAUCGUCGCAGCUCAUGGGAUUGCGUACGGCCUCUCCAUCGACAUCAUGGCUGCCUGCGAUGUGCGGUACGCUGCCUCCAACUCCGUCUUCUCCAUCAAGGAAGUCGACGUCGGCCUCGCCGCCGACAUCGGCACGCUCGCACGCCUGCCCAAGAUCGCGGGCAACCACAGCCUCAUGCACGAGCUCGCAUAUACCGCGCGCGAAUUCUCCGCGGCCGAGGCGGAGAAGCUCGGCUUCGUCUCGCGCGUCGUGCAGGGCGGCCGUGACGAUGUCCUCGCGGCGGCGCUGCAGACUGCACGGCUGAUCUCGGAGAAGUCGCCUAUCGCGGUGCUGGGAUCGAAGCAUUUGCUGUUGCAUGCGAGGGACCACACUGUGCAAGAGAAUCUGGACUACACUGCUACGUGGAAUAGUGCCAUGCUCCAGACCGCCGACAUGCAGGACCUCCUAAAGUCCGUGAAAACGAAGGCGAGGCCACAGUUCGCUCCUCUGGGAAAGCUACCGUCCAAGCUGUAAUUACCUUCCAUUGCAUGUUUUGGUCUGUACGAUCAGCAGCCGCGUAUAUUUGUGCGUAUAGCACUUCUUCUCGCGAC